AUGACAGCCCAAACACUACGCGAGAUCUCCGCGCACAACCUGCGCACCUUCAAGCGCAACUAUGUCUCCGAGAUCUCCGGAUCACUAGGCGACUUGGGCACCUUCCUACCCAUCGCGAUUGCACUGGCCAUAAAUGGCACCGUGUCACUAGCCAGCACGUUGAUUUUCUCAGGAGUCUACAAUAUCCUCACAGGCCUAUUCUUCGGUAUCCCACUCCCCGUACAACCUAUGAAAGCCAUCGCCGCGGUCGCGAUCGCCCGCAACUUCUCCAGCGGCUCGAUCGCUGCGGCGGGAAUCUUCGUCGGCAUUUGCAUUCUUAUUUUUAGUGUUACCGGCCUGCUACACUGGUUCGCUAAUGUGAUUCCUAUCCCGGUGAUCAAGGGUAUUCAGGUUGGCGCGGGCUUGUCGUUGAUUAUCUCUGCUUGUGGCAGUAUGCUCCGCCCGUUGGGUUGGAUUGGGCCAUCUUGGGCGGAUAAUCGGAUCUGGGCUAUUGUGGCAUUCCUCGCGUUGAUUGUUACCAGUGUUUAUCGCAAGGUUCCAUAUGCAUUGAUUUUGUUUGUCGUCGGUCUGGUCUUUGCUAUUAUUCGGACCGCGCUAGCGGGCCAUCUUCCGGCUUUUAGUAUCUGGCAUCCCUGGCUGGUGGUUCCGACUCCCCAUCAGUGGUGGGUGGGUGCCGUGGAUGCGGGUCUUGGUCAGAUUCCUUUGACGACGCUGAAUUCCAUAGUGGCGGUUGUGCAUCUCGCGAAUGAUCUGCUACCCAACGUUAGAACCCCAUCUAUCACCCAUAUCGGGCUCAGUGUGGCGGGUAUGAACCUGCUUGGAUGCUGGUUCGGUGCGAUGCCUGUCUGCCAUGGAUCCGGUGGUCUGGCAGCACAGUACCGCUUCGGUGCUCGUUCGGGUGCGAGCGUGGUCUUCCUUGGAAUUCUGAAACUUGUCAUUGGUUUUCUGUUUGGAGAGACUCUGGUCGAUCUGCUCAAGCGCUUCCCAUCUGCAUUGCUGGGUGUUAUGGUUAUUGCAGCUGGGCUGGAGCUUGUUAGUGUUGGCGAGAGUCUUAAUACUUCAGGGGCUCGGGACCUCAGUCAGGCUUCUGGCGUAUUGGGUGCUGCAGAGCAACAUCUCGGCCCUAUUUGCACUGAUGAGGAGCGUAAGCGCCGCUGGACGGUCAUGAUGGUGACUGUUGGACUGUUGAUCGGGUUUAAGAAUGAUGCGAUUGGCUUCAUCGCUGGCAUGUUGUGCAAUUGGGCAUAUGAUAUUCCUAAAUUGUGGGAGAAGGCGCGUAGUCGCUGGUCGCAGGGACGUCUUCGUCUACGAUGA